CUCUCUCUCUCUCUCUCUCUCUCUCUCUCUCUCUCCGUUGAGAUGUCGUCACAAACCGUCGAACACCUCGUCCUCUUCCGUGUAAAACCCAACACCCACCCGUCAAAGAUCGACGACAUGAUUUCCGGCCUCAACUCCCUGUCCUCGCUUCCUUCUGUCGUAUACAUGACCGCAGUCCCCAUCUCCAGGAGCCAAUCUCAUCCCUUCAAUUUCACUCACGUCGUCCAUGGCCGUUUCAAGACGAAAUCCGACCUCGAUUCCUACGCUGCGCACCGGGCGCACCGUAAAGUCGCCAAGCUGUCAUUCCUCCCUAUCUGCGACGAGUACCUGAUCGCAGACUGGGUUUCCGAAAUCGACGGCCCAGCCGUCCCCCGGCCUGGAUCGACGCUCCGAAUCACGCUUCUGAAGCCAAAGGAAGGGCUGGGGGAUGGAUCAAAGAAGCAGAUCCUGAACGUUGUUGGAGGGAUCAGAAACUCAUUCCCAGAGAUUGAUCAGGUUAGCUUCGGUGAGAACUUCUCGACGAUUGGGCACAACGGGUUUACGGUCGGAUCGAUCUCGAUCUUCUCCGGACCCAAGGAGAUUGACGUUCUGGAUUCAACGGUGGAGAUGCAGAAAGUAAAAGCUAGAGCUUUGGUGGAGAGCGUUGUCGUCGUGGAUUACGAGAUUCCGCCGCUGGCGCCGUCGAAACUUUGAUCGGAUAAAGAUGAAAAGGUGUAAAAGCUAUGGAGGAAUCUCAUAUUCGUAGGACAACUUGUAAAUCAACCCAUAAAGUUAUAUUCGGUGAUCGAAGAUGUGAAAUGUUAUCGAAGGAUGAUUGUAGGAUCAUUGCUCAUAAAAUGAAAUGGGCUGAUUAUUUGUACUUAUAGUGAAAUUAUCUUAUAAGAAUUCCUCAUUUGAAGUUGUCAA